AUGUGUCGAAAAGGAACCACCGGUUCGUCACCGUCCAGUCUCCCAUCUUCUACUUCAACCACUGCUUAUGCUACCAGUUCUGCUAAUACAACAGUGACAUCUCUUGGUGUCGCUUCGAGUAGUGGCACAGCGAUUGGAGCUCUAUCUGCGGUUAUUGUCGUGGAGGCGGAUACUGAGUUACAAGAGCCUUCAUGGAGAUCCCUGAAACAGGAAAAUGAAGAGCUCAAAAAAAGAUUGAAGGAGAUGGAGGAGGACCUAGAGGAUAAGGAUUCUGACUUAGAACAACGAGAGGCUAUGAUUAGUGCCCUCUCGGUGAAAGAACGCUAUAGCAAUGAUGAGAUACAAGAAGCACGCAAACUAUUGAUCAGUGAACUGAGAGAUUUAACGGAUGAUGGAUCGAAGAUCAAAGUAAAGAGGAUGGGAGAUCUUGAUGUAGAGCCCUUCGUAAAAGCAAGUAAGCGGAGAUUAACUGGCGAAAACAUUGAGCUUUACACGAAAUGGGAAGAAAACCUCAGGGAUCCACAUUGGCAACCAUUCAAAUGGGUGGAGACCGGAAACAGAGUGAAGGAAGUGGUGGAUGAAGAAGAUGAGAAACUUAAGAAUCUCAGAGAAGAGUGGGGAGAAGAGGUGACAAACGCAGUCAAGACGGCUCUCGAAGAAGUUAACGAGUUUAAUCCAAGUGGCCGGCAUACAGUCCUAGCACUGUGGAAUUCCGUACAAGGAAGAACAGCUACAUUGAGAGAAGCGAUUGCUCACAUGACCUGUGAGAUCAAAACUCUCAAACGGAAAACGAAUCUGAAACACCGUAAAUAAAACUCUCAAGUUCUCUUGUCAGUCGGUGUUUCUCAUUUUGUAAAUCUAAACUAAGUAAUCUAAACCCUUGGAAUGUUUGGUGUAUUCUUACUAAUAUAACUAAUUUCUUAAUCGUUUUUCAAA